AUGUCUGUCAGACCCGCUACAGUCAAGAAGUUUUUGGAGGUUACAGGAACCGACUCGGAGGAAGUUGCUGUGUUUUUUCUUCAGAGAAAUCAACAGAAGCUUACCCAUGCCAUCAACGACUUCUUUGUGAACCCGCAACUGGCAAAGAACGUCAAGAGAGAAAAGGUGACAGUCAAGAUCGACCCUAAGGUAAAGGAGAUUUUUGAUCAAUACAAAGAGCCAUUGCCAGACGCUCUGGGAAAAGCCUACAUUGGCAUUGACGGCACCGUGCGGUAUAUCUCCGAUUUGGGGUACGAGCCCGAAGAUAUAGCCAUGCUCGCGCUAGCAGAGUUUCUGGAGUGCCCGUCUGUUGGAGUUUUUAAAGAAGAUCCCUUUGUGACGAACUGGUCGAGAGUCAAGUGUAACACUAUUGAAAAAAUGAGCGACUACGUGAGAAAUGAAUUGGCAGUCAAGCUGUCAGAGGAUGAAGAGUACUUCAAAAAGGUUUAUCAAUUCACCUACAAAUUUAUUCUCGAGAAAAAUGAACGCAAUGUCCCAACAGAAACCGCGGUAGAGUACUGGAAUCUCAUGUUGCCAGAAACCUAUAAAGCAGAGCUGGAAACGUUCGUCAGGUUUCUUCAAGAAACAGACCACAAGGGCAUCACCAAAGAUCAGUGGAACAUGCUGUAUCCGUUUCUCAAAACAUACCACGAGGAUAACAAGCUCUCAAACUACGACGAGUCGCAGUCGUGGCCCGUGCUCAUGGACUCGUUCCACGAUUGGCUCCUGGACUCUUGA